AGCAUGCCCGACGCAGGGACAGCAGCGGCGGGCGCUGCAGCCGCGGCGGCGGCGGCGGCCACCUCCUCCUCCACCUCCUCCUCCUCCGGCGACGGCUCCGAGAGCUCCCGGCACCGACACCGAGCGCAGCAGGGGGAGGCGGAGAGGCCGGAGCCGGGCUCUGCCCCGCAGCAGAGCUCCUCUGGAGUCCUGGAUAAGCUGUUUGGAAAGCGUCUGCUGCAGGCUGGGAGACACUUCAUGUCUCAUAAGUCUUGGAUGAAAACGGUGCCCACGGAGAACUGUGAUGUCCUCAUGACAUUUGCAGACACAACGGAUGACCACACGUUACUAUGGUUACUGAACCACAUCCGGCUGGGAAUCCCAGAGCUCAUCAUUCAGAUCCGACAUCAUAAGCACACCGGAGUCUACGCAUUCUUCGUCACAGCUACGUAUGAAAACCUUUUUUACAUCGGAUUCUACCUCAAAGACAUGGAGCGCCUGAAGGAGAUGCUGGCCACUCUUCUCAUCAUCCGUCAGUUCCUUCAGAACGUGAAGGAGGUGCUGCAGCCUUACCUGUAUGAGCGCCACAAGCUGGGCGAGCUCACCGUGAGAGCUGUGUGGGAUCUGCUGCUGUCAGUGCUGCUGAAAUACGCCAGGCUGGCAGCCGGAAAGGCCCAGGCCUCUCCCACGGACCAGAUCAUGCCAGGACCUGGACUGAGGGGCUCCAGGCUCGGAGCGGGGCCAACAGGUCUAAGAGAAAAGAAGUGUUUGAACGGAGGCUGUGGAGUGCCUGAUGAGGAGGAGAGAGGCGAGAGGGACGAGGCCGACAGCGGGAGGUUCAGUGAAGGAGAAACGGAGGAGGAGAACGUGAUCGACUGCGGUUUGAAGCUGAGGAAAGUCAGCUUCAUAGAGAAGGUGGACAGAAGGCCAGUCUGUGGUGGAGCCUCCCUAGAAAACAGUUUCAUGGAAGAAGGGAGCCCCACUAUGGUGGAGAAAGGAAUGGACCCUGCCUCUGUGUUUGAAAUGUGCGAUGACGAAGACGAUAAUGGGAUCCAUGAUGUAAAGGAGUCAGGAGGAGGCGGGUCUGAGGGAAUUAAUGCUGCGGCUGCUGGCAGCGCCGCCCCGCUGCCCCCUGGCUCUGAGAGCGGCACGUCACUGCGACACAGAAGAAGAGGCCAGAGCGCGGAGAGGACCGAGGCCAAAACCAAGAGGGACUCAUGGAUGGAGCCUCCUGAGGAGACGGAGAGCACCACGCUCACUCAGGCUGAGAUGGAGAGCUGCAUGCAGACAUAUGCUGACACCUUCCAGGACUAUCAAGAGAUGUUUGUCCAGUUUGGCUACGUGGUUCUCUUCUCCUCCGCCUUCCCUCUGGCUGCCAUGUGUGCACUCAUCAACAACAUCAUCGAGAUCCGCAGCGAUGCUUUCAAGCUGUGCACGGGGCUGCAGAGGCCGUUUGGAGUCCGAGUGGAGAGCAUCGGCCAGUGGCAGACUGCGAUGGAAGCUAUGGGCCUGAUCGCCAUCAUAGUGAACUGCUACCUGAUUGGUCAGUGCGGUCAGCUGCAGCGCCUCUUUCCAUGGCUCAGUCCUGAGAUGGCCAUCAUCUCUAUAGUCAUCCUGGAGCACUUUGCGAUCCUCCUGAAGUACAUCAUCCAUGUGGCUAUUCCCGAUAUUCCUACAUGGGUCAAAGAGGAGAUGGCUAAACUGGAUUACCAACGCAGGGAGGCGUUUAAGAAGCACGAGCGGCAGGCGCAGCAGCAUUACCAGCAGCUGCAGAGGAGGAAGAGGGAGGAGGAGGAGAGGCAGAGGCAGGCGGAGCACAUGGCCCGCAGAGAGAGGGAGCGAGACGAUAGCAAAAGCGACAUCGCCGGGGAUCACCACCACGACAAAAACCACGGGAGCAAGUCUCGUUCCGGAGGGGGCGGAGGAGGAGGGGCCAGCGGCUCGGAUAAGCCCAAGAGGCCCAGCUCCCUGCUGGCCAAUAACAACGUGAUGAAGCUGAAACAGAUCAUCCCGCUGCAGAGCAAAUUCUCCUCGGGUGGCGCCCGCUCCCCUCAGUCGCCCACCGGCAGUGAACCUAAACUGCCCGGAUUUUUGAGCUUCAAGUUCCUCAAAUCGCCAGAAAACAAAAAGGAAGGAGCCGCAGCCUCUACUGCGGCCGCGGUCACUAACGCCACAGCAACGGCAUCAUCAUCAUCAUCUUCAUUAUCAGGUAGCAGCUCUCAGGAGCGUUCUCAGUCACCCAGCAAAGCCUUCAAUCCUGGGAAACUGUUUAACUUUGGGAAAUCUGAAGGAGGAUUGUGUGUGAACGGAGCUCCGGGGCCUAGAUCUGGAGAAGGAUCAUCGUCAUCAUCAUCAUCACAGACAUCAGAAAGACAAACCUCCCGAGCUGACUUGAACAGUGUUCCCGAUGAGAUCCCUUCACCUCCAAGAGAAGGAUCAGAAAACGGCUAUUCAGCAGAUUUGGACCCGGCCAGUUCGAAGGUCUAACUCGUCUGCGGAUCAACCGAAGAGUUGUGCUUACUGUGAGAAAAGGCCCGGCGUACCUCCAUUAAGCCACGACGAGGCAGAGAGGAAAAGACGAAACCGCCGAGAGAUGACAGUUGAUUUGGUUUUAUUUUUUUAUUUUUUAUUUUGCAGAAAAAAGAAGAAAAAAAAACAAACGAAAAAAAAACGGGCUUCAUAAAACUGACGUAAACCGUUCUAUCGUAAUUGAGUAAAAACACACACACACUCAAAUCCUUCCUUGUCUGCAAUACAUGAAGAAAUGCAUGAGCUGCAUUUCCACUAUUUUAAGCCUUUAACACAGAAAGCUAUUUCUUGAUUUCCUUUAGUCAGAAAUUGUAAGCAUCUUGGUGGCCUCAUAGGAAAAAAAACAGUCCGUUGUGGGAAAACGUGCGUUAUAAUAAAUAAUAGUGGUAUGAAAGAAUAACUGAUUUAACAACAAAUCAUUUUUUUCAAGCUAUUACAUCACAAGUGGUCAUUUUAUCUCUUUAUAGUGUGAUAAUUUCUUGGCCUUUUCCUCCUGAGGUGGAAAAAUUGAAAAGCAAUAUCGGUUUUAAUAGUUGCAGUUAAUCGUCACAAAAAGCCCUCGUUAAUCCUCAUCCCUGAAAAAUCACCAGCUUUAGUUUUGAAAGCAGAGGCGAUGCCUUCACUGACCAGAUUUAUUUGAAAACAAAGAGCUUAGUAAGUCGAGCUGCCAGUGCCAGUAUCACUCCUCAGAGAAAAUGGAAAACCCACACAUCAACACAGAAAAAAGCAGUCGAUGAUGGUGAUUUUGAGGAAGUGGAGCGCUCUCCAUCCACGCCUGUAAACAGACGGUGCUUCAUUUCACUCACUCCACACAGACUUGGCAAAUAAGUCCGAGAAGAGAAAACCGCAAUAAACCCCGACCUGCAUGGAGACUUUCCUCCUUUUAGGAGAAAAGCCCAACACCAGCCUGGUCCAUCAUGUUAUGCAAACAGUCUUAAUCCCAGCACCUGCUUGAUUGUAGAAUAUUCAGAUGGGCUUAUUUUAAUUUUUAUAAUGAUUGUUUUAGGAUUAAUUUCAUAACCAUCUUCAGAAUAUUUGAUUUAAUCUAAAAUGGUAUUUUCCAGAUAACACUGUUAACCUAAGAUAUAUUCUACAUAAGAUUUCGGCUCUAAAAGGAAGUGAAGAUUUUAAAAGAGUACACAAACAGAAAACAGUAAAUCUGUUUUCCACUUUAAUGAUUCCCUCUUUUGUCACUGGUGCCCGUCACCUGUUACAGCUUGACUAUCUUCGUUGGUUUUCUGCCCUGUUAGUCAAAUAUUUUGAAGUCCUUGCGCUACAUUUUUGGAUUCAGCUUGUGUCUUUGUGAACAAAAUCCCAUAACGGCUUGCUGAGAUUGAAAUCAGUCUCAGAGUCCCUGUUCUCACCUGGCACAGGUCAGCGCGGUUUAAUCAGGUAAAUAUGACAUUUUAUUUAGAUGAUGCGUCAAUUAGGAAAACAGUCUGAGCAGCAAUGUGUCAUAUUCACCAAAGUAAACAGCGCUGACUUUACAUUUACAGUGAACAUGCAUCAAGAGCAGCUGACGGCUGUUUUGCUGUGGUGCAUUUUUACCCCAUAGCAGAGCCACUAAUUAUGUUAUGCACCCGUACAUCCUUCAUAUCACAUCUGUUUGGCAAUUAAGAGUUGUGUUCAAAAUAACUUUGCAUAAAUGAGACUCAAAAGGCUCUGAGUCAUGUUGAUGUCAAAGUAAUACUAGAGAAAUUGCAUUUCCUGCAAAAAUGCAGUGUGAAUGUUUAUUGCUAAAUAACUUGUUGAAA